CUUACACCUCCAACAACCAGUGCAACAUGAAACCAGUUCUGACCGGCCGCACCCCUCAAGACAGGGACAGAGUCCUGGUUCCCGGUGGAGGAACCUAUCAUGCCGUAUUGGAGGCAGAGUCUCCUAACCCUGGUGUUAGCAUUGCAGAGAUCUCGACCGUGUCUCCCCUCGGUAUGAUAAAGUCUGCCCUGACAACCGAUCCUGACAAUCCCCGUCGUGCAAACGUCAACAUCACCUGGACACCUCAAGAGACACAAAUUGGCCAACACGUUUUCUGCUUCCUGGCGCAGGAUACAAACAGAAUCAACUCCGACCAGCGCUGCAUCACUCUUGUCUACGACGGGAAACCUGAUGUGGACGAGUGUCUGGUGAACAAUGGCGGCUGCUCGCAUGACUGUGUGAACACGGAUGGAUCGUACCACUGUGUGUGUCCUGCUGGGAGGCUGCUGAACCCCUUGGACAACAAGCAGUGUGAUGAUGUGGAUGAGUGCACACUUGGUCCAGACCUCUGCCAUGGCAAUGCCACCUGCAUCAACACUCCUGGCUCCUACAUCUGUCAGUGUAACCAAGGCUACGCAGGCAAUGGCACUGUGUGCAUGAACAUUGACGAAUGUGCUGCCGGGACCCAUGGAUGCCACGCAAAUGCUCAUUGUGUUGACCUGCCCGGGUCACAUGACUGCAUCUGUGAACUUGGUUAUGUGGGAAACGGAAGGCUAUGCACUGACAUAAACGAAUGUGCUGAGGACAAGGGUGACAUGUGUAGCACAAAUGCAACUUGUGUCAACACUCCUGGGUCCUACAGGUGUGAGUGUAACCAUGGAUACAAGGGUGAUGGCAUCAUGUGUACAGAUGUUGAUGAAUGUGCCACGGAUAAUGGCAUGUGUGAGGAUGUCUGCAUCAACACAGCUGGGAGCUACACCUGCGCAUGCUCCAAUGGCCUCCUGGUGCUGGCAGAGGAUGGAAGAGGAUGCACAUUUGUUGGUGCAUCCACUACCUGUACUAACGAGUACAUGGAACUGGCCCUGCCUGCGGACAAACUGGCAAUAGUAAACACCAGCAACCUGCACUGGGACCCUGAUGCAACAUGCAUGGCCUUGUUCAACGGUACACACCACCUGCUGCGAACUGGUCUGUACGAGUGUGGCACAAAGGUAACCUUUGAUCCAAAGUAUGUCAUCUUCUCCAACCUUGUCAGCCUUUAUAACAUCCACAAGGCCACGGGAGUCAUCAGUCGAGACGAUGACAUCAUUAUGCAUUCUAACUGCAAGUACGAGCGUGACCAGGACGUCACGGCAAGGUUCAUGCCUAUCCCAGGUGGACUGGAGUUUCACGAAGUCGGCUUUGGCAAGCUAUCCAUCCACCUGGACAUCUUCCACACACGCAACUACCUCCAGUCCUACACCAGAUCGGAGUACCCCAUCCACAAGAGGCUCCACGACAUGGUGUUCUUACAGCUGCAAGUUCAAGGUCACGACCAGCUGCUGUCCGUCCUUGGGCUGAACUGUAAGGCCACAAUGUCACCGGACAAAAAUGACUCCCUCAACUACCCACUGCUUCAAGAUGGAUGCGGUGCAGACAGCACGCUUCAGAUGUUUGGCAGUAGCCAAGCAGAUGUCGAACGCUUUGGGUUUGAAGCCUUCCGCUUUAUCCGGGAACUGAAGACGGUGUACAUCCACUGUGAGGUGGAAGUGUGCGAGGCUGCUGAUACUGGAUCCCGCUGUGCACAGGGUUGUGGUGGUGCCCGUCGCAGGAGGGAGGUGUCAGACAUGACAGGGCUGCACUCCAUCUACCAGGGACCCAUUGUUCUGCAGGACACCACUUACAAAGCGGAGAACCAUGUUGAAACCUUUGGAGGAAGUACCCUUCCUCUUGUGCUCAUCACUACUUCAGCUGUAGCAGUAGUGGUCCUUGCUGCAGUUUUCGUGGUUGUCAAAGUGAGGCGCUCUCGUCACAACCUCCCGGGAUACAGCUACAGCUACAAACGGCUCUCUGACAUGUAUGGUGACUGAUGGUGUGGCAAAAAGUAUACCUUGUCAUCAAUGCCUUUUUAAAAUUCUGCCAGAUCACAGAAAAAGACAUUCAUGAUUCAUGCUAUGUUUUGGGUUUUGCUAUCAAGAGACAACUAGAACAGGUCACUUGUGUAUGCAAUGUAACAUUCCUAUGGUGCUUGCAUCAGAGUGUAUCAUAGUAUGUCUCCUUUUUAGCUUUAUCAAUGUCUUCUUGUCUGAAUAAAAUGUAAUGGAAAGCAGAUCGUUUUUGGUAUUCCAAAGAUCAUUGAAAGGUAUACAGCUGGAUUUACUAAUAGAUUUAAGUGGAAUCUGGGGUUUCGGUGGUUUCCCAGGCCAGAUGGAUUUUUGUCAAUUCCAAAGUAUUGGUGGGUCAUAGCUGGUGAGCAAAAAUUGGAUAUACUUUGUCAUGUAAUCAGUGCCAAAUAUGACCUUGUGAGGUCACGGCGACAUAAAAUCAAUUUUUCAUCCAGUGAAGUUGUGGUCUUGUCCAAAUUCCCCAGACUGCAUAAACUUUGUACUUUAACCAGGCUUAUUCUAUGGGAAUGCACUAAAUAUUGGGUAGUAACUACAAUGUAGAUAACAAUGUUAUUUAUCAUGGAAGUUAAUCUGUCUUGGUAGUAAUCAUAGUACAAUGCUAAACUUUAUUCCAACACACAGAGGUCAAAUUUUCAAUGACCACUGUCGCUUUCAUUAGGAUAAGUAAUGACCAAUGAGUUCUAAACGUAAACCCCGCAAGAGUUACGAUUACAGACACGUGACCUUAUGCACACAAGACUUUAUUAUGGAUGCAUGACGUCAGCGAUUGAUUGAACGUGCCAGGGAGUUUACAUAUCAACCACCAUCUCUAUUGU